GGAAACGCAGGAGAUGAGGAGAAGAGGAGGAGUGAUGUCUCACUCUCUAUAACCUGUGACCACAGCUGAAUGUUCCUUUGCUCACGGUCCUCCUCCAGGUGACCGGUUACUGAUGACAGGCUACCUGCAGAGCAGCGCUGCAGGUUUAACUGUCCGACCUGAAACCGGGCCGUCAAACAUUAAAAGAGUUUUAAGACGGAGCUACAGGCCGGACGAAUCGUUCCAGCGCUGCGUGUGGACAUGAAUAAAACUGUUCAGACACACGAAGCAGACUGAAAACUGUUUUACCCGAAAAAACGCCACCUUUCCAACAUCAGCUGUCCUCGAUGUUUACGACGGACACGACGACACGGCAGCGCUGCUCUGUUUACUGUCCGACGGGAAACAAGGGAUGGAAGUACAAAGGUUCCGCAGAAAAAAAAAGGUUCCUGUUCGAUUGAACCGGAUUCGGAGACCGGGAGAGACCGGGGGAACGGAUUCCAAGGGGGCGAGAUCUCUUUGUGAACGGAGGAAGAGGCGGACAUGUGAGGAAGAGGAGCGAGGAAGAGAACCUCCGCUGUUCCCCGCAGGCUCGUGUCCGCCCCCCCCUCCCGGAGAGAAAACAGCAUGUGAGACCACCAGGACCCGGCUCGGAGUCUGGUCCCCCAUCCUGUCAGACCACCCCGGGAUCCAGAGUCCCCCUGUCCCCACCAUGGACCUGGAGGCGUACCGGACCUGCAGCAGCCUGGUGCAGAUCCCCAGGUCGUCCUACCAGCAGUUCUGCUCCUCACACUUCGUGGACUACAUCGACAAGGAGCUGAGCUACUCCAAGUUCUUCAAGAAGUACCUGCUGCCCAACCACCCCUGCAUGUUCUCCAGGAGGUUCACGGAGGAGUGGAGGUGCAGGAGGCGCUGGGUCACCGAGGACGGGAGGCCGGACUUCCAGAAUCUGCUGCAGGACUUUGAUGAGACUUCAGUUCCUGUGGCAAACUGCAACGCGAAAGAGUACAACGCCAACCCCAAACAGGUGAUGCCUUUCAAAGAGUUCAUCCACUACUGGAAGGAGUUCAUUCAGAACGGUCACUCAUCCCCCCGAGGAUGUCUCUACCUGAAGGACUGGCAUAUGGCAAGAGACUUCCCUGAGCACAGAGUUUACUCCACGCCGCUCUUCUUCUUGUCCGACUGGCUCAAUGAAUACUGGGACACGCUGGAAGUGGAUGACUACCGCUUCGUCUACAUGGGCCCUAAAGGCUCGUGGACUCCGUUUCACGCCGACGUCUUCAGGUCUUACAGCUGGUCUGCCAACAUCUGCGGCAGGAAGAAGUGGCUGCUGUACCCCCCGGGUCAGGAGGACUUCCUGCGGGACGCCCACGGAAACCUGCCGUACGACGUGACGUGUGGCGAGCUGAAGGACCGAGGCCUGUUCCCGCACGCCGAGGAGGCGUGCCAGCCACUGGAGAUCAUCCAGGAGGCGGGAGAGAUCAUCUUCGUGCCCAGCGGCUGGCAUCAUCAAGUCUAUAACCUGGAAGACACCAUCUCCAUCAACCACAACUGGCUGAACGGCUGUAACCUGGACCUCAUGUGGACGUUCCUGCAGAGCGAACUGCUGUCCGUCCAGAAGGAGAUCGACGAGUGGCGGGACACCAUGGAGUCCUGGCACCAGCACUGCCAGGUCAUCAUGAAGGCCUGCUCCGGGAUCGACUACGCAGAAUUCGCCUCCUUCCUGAAGAUGGUGGCCGAUAACCGGAUGGCGUUCCUCAACAGCUGCUGCUCCGCAGAGCCGGCCGAAUACUCGCGGCCGCACUCGGAGGCGCUGGCGGCGCUGGGCCCGUACCACGCCGCCUUCGACCUGCAGAGGGUGGCUCACAUCAUCGAGUGUCUGCUCUGCAACGACGACUUCAAGAGACUGGACCACUCCGCUCUGAGCCUGCAGCCCGAGACCCUGCUGCAGCAGAUCCGGGACAGCAUCCAAUCCACCAGGGGGGGGCACCUCCUGUACCAGGACUGA